AUGUUUUUAGGAGAAAUUAAAGAAAUCUUAGAUGUCAUUGAACCAACACAAUUCAAAAAAAUUGAAGAGCCCCUUUUUAAGCAGAUAUCCAAGUGUGUAUCCAGUUCUCAUUUUCAGGUUGCAGAAAGGGCACUAUACUUCUGGAACAAUGAAUAUAUUCUUAGUUUGAUUGAGGAGAAUAUUGAUAAAAUUCUGCCCAUUAUGUUUGGCAGUUUGUACAAAAUCUCCAAAGAACACUGGAAUCUGACCAUUGUAGCGCUGGUGUACAAUGUGCUGAAAACCCUCAUGGAGAUGAACGGCAAGCUUUUCGAUGACCUUACUAGCUCAUACAAAGCUGAAAGACAAAGGGAGAAAAAGAAGGAAUUGGAACGAGAAGAAUUAUGGAAAAAAUUAGAAAAGCUAAAACUAAAGAAAGCUCUAGAAAAGCAGAACAGUGCUUACAACAUGCACAGUAUUCUCAGCAAUACAAAUGAUGAAUAA